CAUAUUUUAAGUUUCUCUAGCUAAUUCGAUUCCUUUCCGUACAAUAUUAUAAGUUCUCCCGUGACUCAUCAUACUAACGUACAACAGUGAAGAGGUAAUGGAAUACAUAAUUUAAUUAUAUGCUUGGAAUUGUUCAUUACAUUAAUAUAACAGUCACUUAAACAUAUUCAUUAACUGUAUACUUCGUAUAUAAUACUCCGUAUGGAAUAUUACGUUUGAUGAAAACCAUCUCAGAGAUAUACGGAGUAUAAUGGAUAUGUAUUUUAUUUAUGAUGUACACUAUCAGGUAUGUAUUCCAGUUUUACAAUGAGGGGAUGUCAUUAGGGUUAUUAAUGAGGGACCGUGGCUUUUUAUCAGAACCUAAUUGUUAUGAGUGGGCUUAAAGAGGGCAAUAUUCCUUUGUCUGUCCCUCUGAAUAAAGAUGAUUUUUGGGUUCAAGUUCAUGAUAUCCGAGUGGGAUAUUUCACUGUUGAGAAUGCGGAACGUAUUGGGAAUUUUUGGGGACUUUUAUAAAAGUUGAUGAAAAUAAUUUCUCUGAGAAUUGGGAAUCUUUUAUGAGAAUUCGUGUUUGUAUUGAUCUGGCAAAAUCGUUGAAAAGGAAAUUGUUUUUGCAAAAAAAAAAGAGGAAGGAGUUAAUUUUCCGAGUCAGAUUUUGCUACGAGAAACUGCCUAGUUUCUGCUUUUUGUGUGGAAUAAUAGCCCCCCGCGUAAGCGAAGGGGUUACGAAGUAACGAACAAGAGGCCAUUCGGGCCUUGGCUUUGAGCUGCAAAAGGGGCAAAGCAAUGGAGGGAGAACAAAAUGGCUUGUUACAGCAGGGAAAGGAAUCAGUUAUGAUAGCAAGGCUACCAGUGGAAAUAGAGAAGAGGGCAUGCGACUAGGUACUGUGGAAGGUGGGCUCUCGAUCAUCACAUGAGAGAUGGCAUAUUGAGCAGAAGCGUAGGCGCGUGAAGGACUCAGGAGAUUACCAAAUAGGAUGUCAGAAGAGAUGGAGCUAGUUCAUGCCAGGCAUCAGGGGCGGCCCUAGGGGGGGCAGGUGGGGCAGUGGCCCUAGGCCCAAAAAAAAUGAAAAUUUUUUAGGCCCAAUAUUAUUUCUUUAUAGUAUGUUUGAGUAGGCUGAGUUUUAACCCAAAAUUAAUAAUUUUUAUAGUAUAAGCAGCCCAAAAAAAGAGAAAGGCCCAAAUUGAAGAAAAAAACAGAGUACCUAAUGAACUAAUGUGCAGCCCUGGUUACGUAUUUACUUUCCCGUUUUCAUCCCAAGCGGCCAAGCCUCAUCUGAAACUCACGCCUCACGUAGUCACGUAGACGGGCAGACAGCCAGACACGCAGUCAAGCACCGACACACGAGUAGUCAACUGUCAACGACGGACGCCGGUCGACGCACUCCGGCCUUCGGCUUCGGCGUUUCAGGCUUCAGGCCAGGGGCGGCCCUAGGGGGGGGCAGGUGGGGCAGUGGCCCUAGGCCCAAAAAAAAUGAAAUUUUUUUAGGCCCAAUAUUAUUUCUUUAUAGUAUGUUUGAGUAGGCUGAGUUUUAACCCAAAAUUAAUAAUUUUUAUAGUAUAAGCAGCCCAAAAAAAGAGAAAGGUCCAAAUUGAAGAAAAAAACAGAGUACCUAAUGAACUAAUGUGCAGCCCUGGUUACGUAUUUACUUUCCCGUUUUCAUCCCAAGCGGCCAAGCCUCAUCUGAAACUCACGCCUCACGUAGUCACGUAGACGGGCAGACAGCCAGACACGCAGUCAAGCACCGACACACGAGUAGUCAACUGUCAACGACGGACGCCGGUCGCCGCACUCCGGCCUUCGGCUUCGGCGUUUCAGGCUUCAGGCCUUCAGCAGUUCAGCGACGCUAGACUGCCCCUGUUCGGCGUCCACAAGACCACAACGGCCAGCGGGUUAGCAGCACAUCAGGUACGCCAUACGCCGUCAUAUGCCUUCUGCCCUUCCAAACUUGAUUUCUGAGUAGUACGAACAUAUAUAAAUGAUUGAUUGAUUGUGUUAUUUUGUAUUUGUGUAAUUGUGUUAUUUUAAUUAAAUUAUGUUUAUAAUUUAUAAUUUAUAAAUGAUUAAUUGAUUAAUGAUUAUGAAUAGUUGAUAAAUAAUUGGAUGCUUUGUUAGAUGUUAAUCACCUAAUUAUACCUAUCCAGUCAUUUGAGUGUAAGAGUGUUGGUGUUAUUAUUUGUUCAUUUUUGUUAGGUAAUAGUUUUCAAUUAUAAUUAAAUUUAUAAACUUAACUAAUUUCAAGGUUUGAUAAAAAUGGUUGAAUCCGGAUGGGAUAAACUAUCGAGGAAAAGAAGAUUAGAAAAUGCUGCCCUAAGUCAAAAAGGUGCAAUGGAAAAGUUUGUUUUUACGAAGAAGAAAAAAUCUGAAGGUCCUUCUGAAGAUAAGAAUUUAGGGGAGAAGAAUGAUUCAGCUAACGAAAGCGAAACAGUUCAUAAUGAUCAAGUCGUGCGAAGUGAGAAUUUAGGAGUUGAUAACAUUGGUGGUGAGCAACCGAAAAAUGAUUUGGAUAGAUCAAAUGUAGUACCUCCAAUUGUUGGUCCUUUGGUUUUGGAUAUUUAUGACCCUGCUGAUUGGAAGAAUUUAGAUGCCAAAACCAUAGACAUUGUAAUUGAAAAAGGCCCUAUAAGAGAUAUGCAACUCGAUUAUCCUCUUGAUGCUAAGGGUAGACAUUUUUCCAAUGCGUACUACACUAGAAACAUGAAAAAUAAAGAAAGUGAAGAUAGGCCGUGGUUGGUGUACUCAAAAAAGGUGGAUAAAGUGUUUUGUUUUUGUUGCAAGUUGUUCAAAACAAAAGAGGGGCCUAGUCUUUUAGCUAAUGAAGGGUCAAAUGAUUGGAAACAUUUGAGUGAGAAACUUUCUAGUCAUGAAAAAAGUUUUCUACACUUUGGUUAUGUGCAAAAAUGGAUUGAUAUGAAGAUGAGAUUGGCAAAAGGAAAAACUAUCGAUUUUGCUAUUCAAGAAAAACUUGCCAAAGAGAAGCAACAUUGGAGAGAUGUUCUUAAGAGAAUAAUUGCUUUAGUUAAGACUCUUGCAAAAAAAUCCAUUGCUUUUCGUGGAAAAUCUGAGAAAAUAUAUGAAGAAAACAAUGGAAAUUUUUUAGCUAUCAUUGAGAUGCUUGCUGAGUUUGAUCCGGUUAUGCAAGAGCAUUUGAGACGUAUUCAAUCUAAAGAGAUUCAUUAUCAUUAUCUUAGUCACAAAAUUCAGAAUGAAUUGAUUUCGAAGUUAGCUUCCGGUGUUAAAAGUGCAAUUAUUACACAGAUCAAAGCUGCUAAGUAUUUUUCAAUCAUUCUUGAUUGCACACCCGAUUCCAGUCACAAAGAGCAAAUGACUUUGAUAGUAAGGUGUGUGGAUAUGUCAUCAAACACACCUCAAGUUUUGGAAUUUUUCUUAGAGUUUAUCGAAGUGCUUGAUACAUCUGGGUUAGGGCUCUUUACUGAAUUAGAGAGUAUUUUGGCUUUAUGCGAACUUGACAUUGAUGAUGUACGUGGACAAGGAUAUGAUAAUGGCUCUAACAUGAAAGGCAAGCAUCAAGGUGUUCAAAGAAGAUUGCUUGACAUUAAUCGAAGAGCUUUUUACAUGCCGUGUGCUUGUCAUAGUCUUAAUUUAACCAUUUCAGAUAUGGUAAAUUCUUGUUCUAGAGCUAUUACAUUUUUUGGAUGUGUUCAAAAAUUGUAUACAUUGUUUUCUGGUUCAACAAAAAGAUGGGCAAUUUUGAAAGAAUGUGUACAUGGUUUUACUUUGAAAUCAUUGUCCACCACACGUUGGGAGUGCCGCCUAGAAAGUGUGAAAGCAAUUGCAACCCAAACCCCUCAAAUAAGAGAAGCUUUGAUUGAAUUGGGAAAAGAUUGUCCUGAUUAUUCGUCAAAAAGUGAUGUUAAAAGUGUACUCAAACAGCUAGAGAAAUUUGAGUUCUUACUGGGAAUGACAAUAUGGUAUGAAGUUUUGCGCCCGAUUAAUCAGGUUAGCAAAUUGUUACAAAGUGAAGAUAUGUGCAUUGAUACUUGUGUGAUGAAUAUGAAUGAUUUGAUUAUUCAUUUAAACAAGUAUAGAGAAGAAGGGUUUGAAGCUGCUUUGAACACCGCAACAAGCAUUGCUCUUGACAUGGGAUUGGAACCUGGAUUUCCUAAGAAACGAUUGACGCGUAGAAAAAAGUAUUUUGAUGAAGACAAUGAAGAAGAUGAUGAAGAUAAGUCUCCAGAAGAUUCUUUUAAGUGUUUUUAUUUCAAUGUUGUGAUGGAUGCCGCUUUGAUGUCUUUGCAAACUAGAUUUGAUCAGAUGAAAGAGUUUCAGCGUAUAUUUGGCUUUCUGUUUAGCUCAAGGAACUUGAAAUCGUUGGUUCAUGAUAAACUGAAAGAAUGCUGUGAGAUACUUGCGGAUGCUUUGCAGGAUGGUGAUAAAGAAGAUGUUGAUAGGGAUGAUCUCUUUCAAGAAUUGAAAAUGUUGCAAAACGUUUUACCGGAUGACAAAGACACUGUCAUUCAAAUUCUUGAUUUUGUGAAGAUUAUGGGCUGCUAUCCAAACACAACAAUUGCUUAUAGGAUACUAUUGACAGUACCGGUAACUGUGGCCACUGCUGAAAGAAGUUUUUCAAAGUUGAAGAUUCUCAAAAAUUAUCUGCGAUCAACAAUGUCACAAGAAAGGCUUAAUGGAUUAGCUAUAUUAAGCAUUGAGCAUAAUGUGUUAGAAAAGCUUGAUUAUGACGCUAUAGUUGACGACUUUGCUUCACAGUGUUCAGCAAGGAAUGUAUUUAAGUAAUUUUCAUUUGGUUAUUUUGAAAACAUGAUAUGACUAUGAUUAAUUUAACAAAUUCUAGUAUUUUCUUUAUUAUAAAAGUAUUCAAAUAUUAUUAUUUUGCAUUCUAGUUUAGAUAGAAACGUGAUUUACAAUUUUUUUUAGAAUUAGGCCCAUUUUAUAUUGUUCGCCCCUAGGCCUUCAAAUGUACAGGACCGCCCCUGCUUCAGGCCUUCAGCAGUUCAGCGACGCUAGACUGCCCCUGUUCGGCGUCCACAAGACCACAACGGCCAGCGGGUUAGCAGCACAUCAGUAAGUGAUUGCCAAGUAAAACACACCUAGCACAACUUUCCCGGAGUUCAUCUCUAAUCUUCCCUAAAUAGAGGUAAAUAUUAAUUUUAUAUCCCUAAUAUCCUAUUCGAUCUAAUUAAAUAAUUGCCCCUUAAUUAGUUCCAAUCCCUUGGACAAUUGAAUCAGUCUAUUGUGGUGGGUUAGUUCGUUGGUGGUGGGAUAGAUCAGUGGCGGAGCUUCGACGACUGGCGACGGUGGCAAGAGAACAUGGCCAAAAAACUGGACUUUUUUACCCCGUUGAAACUCCGGUGAUCAGUGGUGGCAGCACUGCAGCAGGAUUCGGGAGGUUGGCGGCAGCAGCAGGUGACACUGUAGUAGGCAGUUACUUUACCAAAUUGCUUGCAUACUUCUGGUAAAGAUAUAGUUACUUUACCAAAUUUCUUGUAUACUUCAUACAUUAAUGUAAUGAAACAAUUGUAAUUUCACUUAAGGUCAUAAGCUGUAUAAUUCAGGCUGUAGCCUUCAAGAGGUUUAUCAUUUCUUAAGAAACACUUAUGUGAUUUUUGUUUUAAAAACAAAU